CAUCCAUCAGAUGUCUGUGAUCUCACACUGGACCUAAACACAGUAAACAGACGCCUCUCUCUGUCUGAGAAGAACAGAAAGGUGACAUGUUGGAGAGAGGAGCAGCCGUAUCCUGAUCACCCAGAGAGAUUUGAGGGCUAUAGACAGGUGCUUUGUAGAGAGGGUCUGACUGGGCGCUGUUACUGGGAGGCAGAGUGGAGUGGGAUAAUGGGGGCUGGUACAGGAGUGACAUAUAAAGGAAUCAGCAGGAGAGGAAGGGGUCUUGAUUGUUGUCUUGGAUACAAUGACAAGUCCUGGAGUCUGAUCUGCUCUGACAACAGUUACAUUGCCUGGCACAAUAAUAAUGACACUACCAUAGACGUCCCCUCCUCCAGCUCCCACAGAGUUGGAGUGUAUCUGGAUUGGCCAGCUGGCACUCUGUCCUUCUAUAGAGCCUCCUCUGACACACUGACCCACCUGAUCACAUUCACCUCCACAUUCACUGAGCCCCUCUAUCCAGGGUUUAGGGUUUAUGUUGACUCCUCAGUGUCCCUGUAAAUAAUAACCUGACACACACACUGGACACACACCCACACACACACACACAUUGAACAUACAUACACACACUCACAUUGCACACACACACACACACACACACUGGACUCACACACACACACACAC